CUCGGCUACCAGAGGGCUUCAGUGAGGGCAAGCGCCGGCGAUGGCUGGCUAGCCCGCUCGGUUCUUCGGGUGGCUCUGUGAGCUGGUCAGGGCCAAAGGGCCAGAGUUCGAGAAGGUGCCAGCCAGAUUUGUCGCGUCGUGGGCGCCUGUCUCUUCCCAGCCAUGGCCCGUCACUUGAACAUGGACACGCUCCACCAGAACUUCUGGAAGGAGGAGUACCUGAAGGAGCUCAUGCUGCGCUACCGCUGGCACCAGAAAUACGGGGCCCUCGUCAAGGCCAAGCAGGAGAGCCAGCGGGAGCGGCGCAAGAAGGUGGGCGACAACACCCUCCGGCUGCCCUCGGUCAAGGCUCCUCCGCCCGAGAAGCCCCGCUCUCCUCCUCCACUCCGGACCCCUGCCCAGCCCGCCCGGGAACGAGACCUGACCGGCCUCGACGCCAUGAUCCUGGAGGCCGAGAUGCGGCCCGUGGCCCGGGAGGUGCGCGCCCUCUUGUACCAGGGCAUCUCCCAUGAGGACGAAGGGCGCCGACGGUAUCUCAAGACCCGCCUCCUCGUCAAUCCCGAAGACAAAUACACCUUCCCCUUGACCACCAACUUCAACUACGGCUGGCAGAUGGGGAAGAUGGCCAACCUCCAUGUGGCUCCUGUGCCAAAAUGCCGCAUCGACAGCUUUUACCGCAGGAACGGCGCCUUCUCCCUCCUGGAUCCUCGGGACGUGGCCCUCUGAGCCGGUCCGAGGGCUCCGUCUGUCUUUGGGAACAAAACCGGCCCGGUUCCCGUCACUCGGCUCUCCUCCUCCUCCAAUUUCUUCCUUUGGCUGUCUCAGAAGACUUACGAUGUUAACAAUACUUUGCAAACA